GGUUGAUCCGGGUGAGGGGUAACAGGGGCUGUAGUCUCCCCGCUCCCCGCUCGGCCCGCCUCGCUACCACUUCAGGCGCCGCCCUAGCUUCAUCGUCUAACUUCAAGACGUUAAUCGUUGCCAUGGCUCCAGCGAUCCCAACCCACGAUUAUUAUGCAGUCCUUGAAGUCUCCACCACGGCAACUCACGAUGUGAUCAAGGCGUCGUAUCGCCGUCUGGCACGACUGCAUCACCCAGAUAAGAAUGGCGGCUCCCAGAGCGCUACCUUGAAGAUCCAGCUGAUCAAUGUGGCCUGGGAGGUCCUCGGAGACGCCGCCAAAAGGCGUGAGUACGACAUCAUCUAUCAUCCACAAGUUAAUGCUCGUCCGAACACCUCGGAACCUUCGACUACGCCGCAAUCGAGCUGGCAGCCUCCACGACCGAGUACCACAACAUACAACGAUGCGAGAUCCCAAGCCGAGAGCCAGAAGAAAAGGUCAGAAUGGUUGAGCUGGGAGUGGCAGCAGGAACAGAGCAUCCGUCGAUGCCAGAAGGAUGUGAACAUCCUGGAGACCGAAAUAGCCGCCCUCAAUGCCAAAAUUCUGGAAAAUAGGGCAAAGCUUACAAGCGAUGUCCCAUAUUGGUGGAAUGUCCUCGCAUCUUUGUCGCAAAGGCUCUCUGAAGAGGAGAAGAAUGGCAUUCGGCGCCAGAAUUUAGAUAGCGAGGCCGCGAUCAGGAUCAAGCAGCCACGGCUCGAUAGAGAACAGUCACGCCUGCAGCAACUGAAAGAAGAAUUGUCGCGGCGCCGAGAGCAGGAGAAUGCAAGGUUGCAAGCCGAGCAAAGAGAAAAAGAGAGAAGGGAAAGACUCGCAAGGGAGCAGGCGGCAGCAGAAGCUAGAAGACGAUACGAGGAGCAGCAACGUGUAGCGAGGGAAGCGAGGGAGAAGGCUGAAGCAGAAUCCAGACGAAGAUAUGAGGAGCAGCAACGGUCGGCCAGGGAAGCUAGGGAAAAAGCCGCCAGAGAAGAAGCAGCCAGAAGGGAGGCCGCAGAGGCGGCUCGACGGAAGAAGCUGGCAGAGGAGCGUGCUGCAAGAGACGCUGCCUUCAAGAGAACACAAGAAGAGGUUGCACGAAAAGCAAGAGCAGCAACGGUAGAAAGGGAAAGGCGUGAAAAACGUGCCAAGAAGCAAAACCAGAAGGCUGCGAAACAGCAGACCACAACGAAGAUGACCUGCGAGCAUAAGGUCUACUGGAAAAAGGUCAUGGGUCAUUAUGAAUGUGCGCACUGCACACGCUCUUUGUUUCGAUUCGCCUACCAAUGCCCCAGAUGCAGCACCAUCGCUUGCGCUGCGUGUAUGAAAACUCUGAAAGCCGGCGGCACUCCUACAACAUACUAUGAGGAGCCCCGAGGGAGCGCCCACUCCUCGAGAGCUAAAGGAAAGGGGCCCCAUGUUCCCUUAUCGACGUGGUAUGACGCGUAUGACGAGCAUGAUUACACGGAAACAUGGGGACACAGCUAUGACACCUAUGGCAGUGACCCAUCUCCUCCACCAUCGCCUCCUCUUUCCCCAUGGGAUGAUGACCGUUGGGCUUACUACGAUUAGGAUCGCGCAGUGCGGUCCUCUGUUCGAUGGUCUCCAGUUCCUUAGAGAAUGGUUAUGCUUGUUUACCCGGUACUCUUUCUACGGCGGUUGGUAAUAUAACCCAGCAUAGGCAUCCAUACCACCUUGGUUCGUUCCUCUUGGAUAUGUCUCCAUUUUAGAAAAGAGAAUCAUGAAGCUUCUAGGGGACGAGUUGGUAUACUGGACAUCAGUACAUAGAUUGCGCAGCACAAUUGGGCAUUGGCACGAAGCGACUCAUUUGGUAAUUUUUUUUUUUUGCCGGGGUCUGUCCUUUACGUAUCAUGCUUUACGAAUUCCUUUCGACUCUUUUACUGGACUGGCUGAGUGGCAUCGAGAUAGUGUAGGCGGAAUGAUGAGAGCGUCCCAUAAUCAUGGCUCCAAGAUCCAAAUCUAUCUAUUCCGAAC